AUGGAAGACGACGAUCUCUACAACACCUACUUCGCUCUGGAUCCGAACUUGACGUACUACUACCCAAAGUCUACAAUCCUAGAUAUCCAACACAGGCGAGAGACUUUGGAUGGGAAACUGUUCUUUGAUCUGCUUUUAGCAGAGGUGGCAGAGCUGCCAAAUGCGUCAAAACUGUAUCCACCAAAGAACACGGGCGAGCUGCGCGAUCUUUAUAACGCCAUUUUAACAUCAGAAAAGUUGGAUCUCUUGAAGAAGCACUCAUUCUUUUACUAUGUUCUGAAAGACUGGAAUGCCGAGACAGAGUUUGCCAGGGCAAUGCUCAUACCACCUCACUGGUGCCGGUUGAUGGAUGCGUACUGGUAUCUUGAUCAAAUGGAUUUUCCGUUUGCGCUUUUCAACCUGUCGACACCCUCUCUGAAUCCCAACUUUUCCGACAAGAUUGUAACGACACUUGCUGUACACGCACCUCCUGUUGUUGCGGUGACGUUUGUCCAAGUAGCGCAACCAGCUCUGGAAAACACAGAUGUUAUCAAGGCUUAUAUGUCGGCUCUCUCCCGGACUAGUGUUGAGGCGGCUUUCACGUAUCAACGAACGCUUCCGCCAGAUCUGAGGGAAAUUCUUUUCGCAGAUCUUCUUCACAUGUGUCUGGAAUAUAAGCCCGGAGCCUCGCUUGCGCAGCUGGUUCGGCUUCCAUUGGAUGCGAUUGAGGAAGACAUCUUGACCAAGACGUACUCGCAAUCAGCUUCGGAGUUGGCAAAGGAGACAUUGUUAGUGUGGUGUCUGCAUCGAGGGAAAACGAACGAGGCACUGGUAAUGGCCAAAUCAAAGUUAAAAUCGGCGACUACAGGGCUUGGAGGAAUGAAAGAUGAGCUUGAGAGGGGGAUGUACAAGUCGAUGCUACAGGUGCAAAGGCAGCUGCCAGGCAACCACUGA